AACGGAAAGAAUCGGAACAAAAAGUGAUUUGUAAAACGAGUGGCAAAGCAAGGGGACUUACUCUGUAGGCACUGCGCAUCAUACACUCGUAUUCAACCAUACAGUAUGAUUUCCAUCAAGUAAAAUAACUCUGUUAUGACUACUCGUAUUAGCACUCGAACACAAUCCCAUGCAUUUCACACACACAUACAUUCUUGUCAUGCACAUAAUUCUUUAUAUCCGUAUGAACUCUAAGUCCAUGAGUGACAAGUAAUAAAAGAGAUCUGAUAAAAAGAGAAAGAUGCGAUAAGAAAAAAAGAGAGAGAUCAGAUGUGACACAAGCGGCAUCACAUGGUUUCCCUUUUUUCCCACGCUCAUGACAAGGUGAUUUGGGGAGGCGCAGAUUUCCAACUUUUUGAACAAGGACGAGCGAGGAAGGGAACUUGGCUAAAGACAGCACACGCAGGAACCCAAAGCAGGAAACAAAAGCAACCGACGACACAGGCAGAGACUGACUUUAUUAUUGGAAUUGGAAGAGAGAGAGCGAAAAGCUACUUUUUACCUUUGGUCUCUUCCCCACCCACACUCUUCAUCGGCCUUCUUUUUUACUUCCCGUUCACUCCCGUUCACACUCGCUCAACUCACGGCGAGAGCGAGAGAGCCUUUCUCUCCUCAUUUGUCAAGUUUGUUUCCCCACUCUUGCUCUCUCUUACGGACAAUACACGUUGUCUGCUCUUUCACCACUUGUCGUCGUCGUCGUCACGUCACUUCUUUCUCUUCUCACCUUGCACCAUGCGGAUUCGGAUAGAGGAUCUUGUCAAUUCGUCGUCUUCUUCUUCUUCUUCUCCACCUCCUCCUGUUCCUCUUCCUUUAGUGUCUCCUCGCUCUCUUCCUCUUGAUCCUGUCUCAACGCUCACUCGCCCAUGCUUAAGGGACUCGUUUCAACGUCACUCUUCAGACUAUUACCUUCCUCCCUCUCCUCUCCCAUCUCCUUCUCUUGACGUAUUGGAUCGUCAUCAUUGGGUGGAUUUUGACUUUGACUUUAGAGGAAGACGUCAUGGGGAUCCACGGGAUUUGGGCUCUUGAUUCUGCCCAUUCGCAAUGUUCGUCACUCCCAGCAUUGGAUGGAAAAGAGCGUUUCAUUAGCGGAACAAGAACAGGAACGGGAACUAGAGGGCGCAUUUGCUUAUCCAUUAGGGACAGAAUUGGCUCUCCCUUCUCCCACCUCUUCCACUUCUUCCUUUGACAUUCGCUCACAACCCGCUCCUCCCGCUUCUCCCUCUGCGUCGCCCAACAUGUCCCUCUCCUUUCAUGGAACACAUCGGCGAUAUCCUCCCGGUCUCAACCAUUCCCCUAAAUCCGCGUCGCCUCCUCCUCCUGUCGCGACAAUGUCGACAACGACAGCAACAACGAGUGCCCCAUCUGCAUCCGCCCCGACAACAGGGACAACCCCGUCUCAAGCAACGGCGCGUCCGCGUCCGUUUAGUUGUCCCGUUCCCGGCUGCAAUGCCCGCUUUACGCGCCGUGCGAAUCUCCGCAGUCAUGCGUCUUGCCAUUCUUCGUAUCGUGCCUAUGGAUGCAGCAUGUGUCAAGCGAGAUUUAGGCGUCCUCAAGAGUUGCGGCGUCAUGAACGCUGUGUGCAUAGGAGUGGAGUUGCUGUGACAACAGCAAAAACAACAAUGACGACAGCCAAAUCAUUGUAACGUGUCUUUCUAUAUCCUGGGGAACAGUGGUACCGGUGGUACCCGUGAGAGAGAGUGUCUGUUUUGUAUUUCAGUGUGUUGGUGGAUGGAGGGGUGGACAAUGUAGCCUUUUUCUCUGUGUAUAGAGUUUUGUAUGAUCUUUUGUUUUCUUUUUUUUUUUUUUUUUCUCUAGUCUUGAGACAUUUGAAGGAAGGGAGAGGGAUGCUUUUGUAUUUUUUCUUACAACUGUACAGUAAAAAAAAGCGAGUUUUAUAAAUUGCUAUGACAAAUGCAAA